CUCAAGGCAGAUCUCGUGGAGUAUCGCGAUACUUGAGCAGGACCUAUUUAAACACCGACCACUGCCGUGAGUUCACACUCAUUCAUUGACAGAGACACUCGGAUUGUGAUUACACUUGAAGUAGAAAAUGGCAGCUGGAAAUGCACAUAUUGGCAAGCCUGCUCCAGACUUCACAGCCAAAGCUGUGAUGCCAGAUGGACAGUUUAAAGAUCUCAGUUUGUCUGACUACAAAGGAAAGUAUGUUGUGUUAUUCUUCUAUCCGUUGGAUUUCACCUUUGUGUGUCCCACUGAGAUCAUCGCCUUCAGUGAUGCAGUUGAGGAGUUCAGGAAAAUCGGAUGCGAGGUCAUUGGUGCCUCUGUUGAUUCCCACUUCUGUCAUCUUGCCUGGAUAAACACACCUCGGAAACAAGGUGGUUUAGGGCAUAUGAAGGUCCCUCUGGUGGCGGAUUCGCUCCGCUCCAUAUCUAAAGACUACGGUGUUCUUAAGGAAGAUGAGGGUAUUGCAUACAGAGGCCUUUUCAUCAUUGACGACAAAGGCAUUCUGAGGCAGAUAACCAUCAAUGAUCUGCCAGUGGGCCGCUCCAUUGAUGAAACCCUUCGCUUGGUGCAGGCCUUUCAGUUUACCGACAAACAUGGAGAAGUUUGCCCAGCUGGAUGGAAGCCCGGAAAAGACACAAUUAAGCCCGACGUCCAGCAGAGCAAAGACUACUUCUCCAAACAGCACUAAAAAAAGCACUAGACUGUGCAGCAUAGUCUAAUGGGCCUGUACAAGGACUAUCAACAGAACAGCAGUAGCAUGACGUACUGCUACUAGUUAGACUAGCACAUCCAUGUAGGAGUGAUGAUGAAUAAUGUGUAGUUCUAUAUAUUGUGAGAAGGUGUAGGACUAAAGUAUAAAUCUCAGAACUACCUACAAUGUAUUGUAACAUUUGAGUUAGUAUGUAUAAUGUGUCUUACGGACCUUUUUGUUGUGAAAUGAGAUGUUAUAUAGUGGGGACCAGUUAACUGUAUUUUCAAAUUCUUACAUUUCAAACAAUAAACAAUUUUUUUUAAACAA